AUGGCCUGUGGGCUGGGGGAUCUUCAAGGCCUUACACCUCCACUUUCUUCUGCCAGAUUAGAUUAUCAGCCGUAUAUUGAAGGGCCCUGGCUCCGGGCCUGCGGUCAGACCAACGUGUCCUGCAGGGUGGUGAAGGGGAAGCUGGUAGAGGUAGGCAAGUGGCCAUGGCAGGUGAGCAUCCUGUUCCUGGGCACGUACAUCUGCAGCGGCUCCCUCAUCCACUACCAGUGGGUCCUCACAGCUGCACACUGCUUGCAGAGAUCCAAGGACCCCAGCAUGUACUCCGUGAUGGUGGGAGUCCACCAGCUCCCAGAAAAUGGCACUCAGCUCCCGCUCACUCGCAUGGUGAUUCAUAAGGAUUUCAGCAAUCUCAUGUCUCAGGACAUUGCCCUCCUAAAGCUCAGGGACUCCAUCUCGUGGUCCCCCUUCGUCCAGCCUGUCUGCCUCCCUAACAUCAAAUUCAAGCCAUCCAUUGGAAGCAUGUGCUGGGUAAUCGGCUGGGGAACUACAGGGAAAAAAGUGACCCCAAGUACCCCCUACAGUCUUCACGAGAUGGCUGUCAGGAUCGUGAACAAUGACGUCUGCAAACAGCGGUAUCAAUUCCUCUUCUUGAAGGACAAGAAGAGCUUCAUCGGGAAUGAUGUGCUGUGUGCCCGCUCUGAAUGGGGCUUGGACACUUGUCAGGUUGACUCUGGCAGCUCCCUUGUCUGCCAAAUGAACAAGACCUGGAUUCAGAUAGGAGUGGUGAGCUGGAGCUUUAGCUGUGGCCAGCGUCACUUCCCAGGUAUCUACACCAGCACUGCCCACUUCAACCAGUGGAUCAAGACUGAGGUUGCUGACAUGAAGUUCGUCAGUAGGGCUGGCCCUGCCUUCCUGAGCCCAGUUUUCCUCACUGGUUACAUUCUGCUGGGCUCCUUGGGCUCCCUGUGGCUCCUGUGA